GGAGCGUGUUAUUGUCAUUGCAGCUGCAGGCGUCUGGAGGGGCGGAUCGGGCUCAGUACGGCGGCCCUGGGACCGGCUCGGCGCCUCUCCUCCAGGGCGGCAGCUGCCGGGAUCGGCCCUUUCUCCCCGCCAUGUCCGGCCGAGGGAAAUCCGGCGGCAAAGCGCGAGCCAAAGCCAAGUCGCGCUCCUCCCGGGCCGGCCUGCAGUUCCCGGUGGGCCGCGUGCACCGGCUGCUGAGGAAGGGCAACUACGCGGAGCGGGUUGGGGCCGGGGCCCCCGUGUCCCUGGCCGCCGUGCUCGAGUACCUCUCGGCGGAGAUCCUGGAGCUGGCCGGCAACGCCGCCCGCGACAACAAGAAGACGCGCAUCAUCCCCCGGCCCCUGCAGCUCGCCAUCCGCAACGACGAGGAGCUCAACAAGCUGCUGGGCGGGGUGACCAUCGCCCAGGGCGGCGUCUUGCCCAACAUCCAGGCCGUGCUGCUGCCCAAGAAGGCCCAGGGCUCCAAGAAAUGAGCCCCCGGCCCACCCACCUUCCCAGGAAGCCAAUCGAUGAGCUGCAGCCGACACUGGCAUGCCCCUGGUAUCCUCUCGCCCUGCCCGCUCUCCCACCUGGCGCCCGUGUUCUCCUCUCUUCUCCCCCCCCCCCUUUGCUCCCGUGGGGUCUUGCCCUCCUGCCCCCAUGUGCUAGCUUUGCAGUCCUGCAGCGGGGGGCUUGGGGGGCUCACUGCACCAUGAGAUGAGCCUGUGAUUCUUCCCCUUCCUUUCCAGCACCCCAGGGGAGGCAUGGAAGGAAGGGAGCAAGCAAUUUGAAUGAGACGUACAAAAAGCCCUUUCCCGGGUGCUAGCACCAUGCCUGGCGCUCUAGGUUGCUUUCUGGCCUGUCUGACUGCAAAGCUAUCCUUCCUGGGUUGCUGGUCAACAGCUCUGUUCUCAGAGCACCUGUGGGUUGGGUAGCUUGUUUUUUCUGGACCUGCUCACAUUUCCGUGGAAGAAGCACUCUGGAGAAGGAAUAAUUGGUUCGUUGGGGUUUUUUUGUUUUGGGGUUUUUUUUCCCUCCCUCCUCCUCCUAGAAGGUGUAAUUAGCUGCAAGAGCAAACGUUCUGUGCAACAAAAGCUCCUGCUUGGAGCAGGAAGAGACUGGGCUUAGUCAAUACUCCUUUUAUUUAUGUUGUGUUUGUGGAUGUAACUAAAGAUCCCAAUGCAUUUACUUUGUAUUGUACCUAGAUGUUUGGAGGGGGGGUAUGGGAGAAUCAUGGAAGGUGGUUUCUCCCAUUGCUUAACUUUUUGCACGAAUGAUCUACCUUAAUUUCUCACCUUGCUCCAUGCAAGAAGUAGGGAAGUUCAGGAGUGUGGUAAUCUUACCUGCUGUUUGUUGCACAUCCCCAUAAAUGUGACCACAAGUAGACUUCCUAAAUGCAUGGUGGGUGGGCAGAUCAGGAGACUUUCCAAAUGUGAAAAUAUCUGUUUCUGAGGAGAAACAUAAUUUCAAUGCAAAAUUUUGUUUUAUCCAGUGGUAUAAGCUAAGAUGUCACCAACUGUAAAAGCCUAGCUUGGUUUUCCUGUUACCUUUUUGAAUCCCUUCUUGCAAAAUCAUGCUAUUGUUGCAGUUCGGCUGCGCGCUCAUGUGCUCAGUGAGCUAGUAGGGUUUAAUAAUUUCUCACUAGUGUGGGUCCGAUAUAGUUUAGGCAAAGGGUGUACUUCAAAAUAUUCUAAAAGAGCAUGAGUUUACCACUGACAGGAAGAUGCUAUUUUCCCUCCUGCCCUCCUCCCCCUUUUUUAUGGUCAGAUUACAGUAAUAGCUUUAUGUUGCAGAACCUCUUAUUUUUUACUGAGACUUAGCACUUGUAUCCUAAUUGCACUUUAUAAUGACAUGCAGUGUUUUUGUUCAUCACUACUUCUGGUUCUUAAAAUAAAGUGCUAAUUAUACAUCUGUUAACUGUAAUCCUCCUUAAUGGAUUAAUGUUUUUUUAAAACUUAUAAUUCACAUAAUGCAAAUAUAUAGUUAAUGUGGUGGUUUAUUAAAUGGCUAUUUGGAUAAUGUAUGAGCAUGAAAGUCAGCCUAGCAGUCCCUGUGACACAUAGUAGCUGUGUUCUUAUAGAAAUUGGUAUAAAGAGCAACCUUGUUCCCUAUUGUGAGGGCAGCUUGUUUAUGUGGAAGGUUGAUAGAAUCAUGUGCAUGCAGCAUUGUCUAGGCUGUUGGACAGUAAAACUUCAUAAUCUUAAAGUGCAAUGGACAAUUGUCUGUGCUGUAAGUAGCAUGUGUUCCACCUAUCAAAUCAGUUCUUAAUUUUGUAGAUGAAUUAACUUGCUCUGGCUCUGACUCAACUGUAUAAUGUAGCAUAGAUGAAUUUGGAUGCCUGUAAGUGGUUUUAUGAAGGGGUUUUCACUCCAUUGUAGAAAUGUGGAAAAGGUCUGUUACUAGAAUAGUGAUAAUGGAGAAGUAAACUUGACAUAGCACUGGCUGUCUGAGCAGUUCUGUGGUUUUACCCCUCAGUGCAGGCUUGGGGGGGAACCUCUUGUUUCUGGGCAGCUGUAUCUUACUGCUGUUGCACUGGAUCAACUGGACUUUUUUUUCCUAUCUGUAAACUGGCAAUUGCUGGGGGUGGGUGGGGAGGGAAUUAAGUUUUUUGUUUUUUGUUGUUUUUUUAUGUACAAACCAUUGUUUAGAAAAUGGAGAUUCUAAAAUGUCUCUGUAUCUUAGUGUCCUGUGUUGUUUUGUUUCUUUAGGACCAGCAUUCUGUACAACUCAAAGGAGAUUGCUUUGUAAUUCUUAGAAAAUGCAGAACUUGUCAUACUGAAAGAACAAUGCAAAUCCAAAAUCUGAUUAAACUGGUUCCGUAUUGAA